AUGUCGGGCGACGGAACUGGAGCGCCGCCACCCUGGAGGCGCAGGGUGUACUGGGUCUGCCAGUGCAAGGAGUGGAACUGGUGCGACAAGAGGGCGACCUGCAAGUCCUGCGGGAAGGAGGCGCCAGCGUGGGCGAAGCGCCUGCGCGCGAUGCACCAGCCCCAGGCCGACGGGGAGGGAUUCGUCCAGCAGCCCAGGGGGCGCUCGCACCAGCGUGCAGCGCGCCGAGCUGGUGAGGCCUCCAGGGCAGCCUCGGCCGCCAGCACCGUGCCGAGCAGCGCGCCCAACAGCAGGGUGCGGCCGCGGGGCGGAGCCAAGCCGCCGCCGUGGCGUGAGGAGCGCGAGGAGCAACCAGAGGAGCCCGCUGCGAGUCUGGAGCGCAGGCUCGAGGGAGCCCAGGCUCGCGUCUCCAGCCUCCGCGAGGCGGUCGCCACAGAUGGGACCAGCGAGGCCUUCCAGCGAGAGGCCAGGGCGGCCCUCCUCGCAGCGGAGGACUCAGCCGAGAGGGCCGAGGCCGAGCUCCGCGAGGCCCAGCGGCUCGGGAGGCCCCCCCACGCCGUCCUCCACGGAGGCGCCAACGCCAUGCAGAAGGUCGAGAAGCAGAUCACUGCAACCAGAGCCAAGCGCGAGCAGGCCGUGCAGCGGGCUGAGGCCCUCAGGGAGGAGAUUGCGGCGAUGCAAGAAGAGCUGGCCGAGGCCGAGUCCGCGGUCGAGGACUUCGACAGCCAGCUCGGCAAGCUCGAGGAGUCGAAGGCUCAGACAGUCCAGCAGGCACUCCAGCGGGCCAUUGAGGCGUGCGGAGGCCAGCGGCCCCUGGAGACCGCGGUCGGGGGCCUCGUCACCCAGGUCAACCAGUUGGGCGAGAUGCUCGGCCCUAACUCGGAUGGCGUCGCGCCCAGGCUCCUGGAGAUCAUGGACAUCAUCACCACGCAGAGCGCCGCCAUCUCGGACAUGCUCCACCCCGCUGCGCCUGCUGCCGCUGCCUCGCGCUGGGCCGACGGCCUUGGCGGGGGCGGGCUCGCCGUCGACGACGAGGAAGGCUUCCCCGCCCCUGCCGCUGGGGCCUCUGCCCCCGCGGAGCCGCGGCCGCCAGCGGAGGCCGCAGUUCAGCAGGUGCGACCAGGCCCGCCCACCCAGCGGGCGAGCCCUGCAGUGGGGCCCUACGGGCCAGCCGCCGCCCGCGGGCAGUCAGGCGCGGCGCUCGGCGCUUGGCCCCAGCCUGGCCAGGCCGAGCACAGGCGCGAGGAGGGCCACGGCGGCAAGGCGGCCUCGCUCCUGGGCCGAGGUGCGGUCGGGGCCGCCGAGGCGAGAGUGGGCGGGGCUGUGCCGGCUUGUGAGAGGGCCGCCGCGCAGCUCCGUGCAGGCUUCGACGUGCUGGGCCUCAACGGCAACACAUGGGACCGUGCCAUGGAGGUGCUCGAGGCCUACAUCGCGCGGGAGGGCGCGCGCCCGCACCUGGUCACGGUUCAGGAGGACCUUCAGGCGCGGGAGGCUCAGUGGCGAGUGCCAGGGGACUUCAAGCACCGCGUGAUCGCCGUCAGGGAUGGCCUCGGGCCCAAAGGUGUCAACUUGGACAUCAUCGGAGCCCUGGGGGACCUGGUGCUGACCGAGGGGCUGCCUUGGCUCGUGCAAGGCGACUUCAACAUGGAGUGCCUACCUUGGGCCAGCCGGGCCCACAUGCAUGAGCCGCAGCGGGUGUACGAAUGGUUCGCGAGCUCUUUCUGCCUCUCCCACGGGGUCGCCAACGCCGCCGCCCUGGACGGCUACGCGUUGCACCCGCGCAAGCCAGUCCGACUGCGGCUGCAGGACCUGCGGCCAGAUGCGCUGGUGCAAGUCCUGGUGAGGCCUGGCCGCUUCCCAGACGUGGAGGCCGCCGACUGCAGGGCCCAUGAGGACGCCGUCGUGCAGGUGUUUCGGCGCAGUGGGCGAGCUCAGUGGCAGGCCGAGGCCUGCAGCUGGAGCUGGGAGGCAGGCGCGGUGCCCCACGACCUGCCUGCUGCAGCGUGUGAGUGGACGGAGGCGGUCGAGGGCACGUUGGUGGGCAUCCACGACAUCCAGCCCGCCGCUCACAGGCGCUUCCUGGGCCGACGAGAGUACCGCUUCCGUCACUCCGAGUUGACCCACGCCAUUCGGCAGGCCCUUGACCUGGCUCUGCAGAGGCUGGCCGCCGAUAGGAGUGAGAGGUGGCGGCCGUCGCACGAGGGCUGGUACUCGCGCGAGGCGGAGCGCAUCACGGGCCUCCUUGGGCUCGCCACGGCUGCGGCCCGCGAGGAGGAGGAGGCGGAGCAGCUCGCCUUCGACACCAGCGGGUGGAGCGACCUCGUCGGCCAGGCAGGAGUCCACGGCCACGUCGGCGCCAUCGCGGAGCUCCAGCGACGGCUUUACAGCUCGCAGCGGCGCGACGGUCGUAACAGCUCCGCGCGGUGGCGCGCUUGGGCCAAGGAGGCCGUCCAGCGAGGAGGCAGGCUGGCGCACCGCUUUGCCAGAGCGGUGCCGCCUCCCCAGGUCGUCGAUCCUGACACGGGCAUGCCGCUGGCAGGUAUGAUAGCUAUUGGGCAGCUGGAGGCCAACUGGCAAGCCCUCUGGCAGCAGGAAGGCUUCAAGGGAGGAGCCGACGUCGGCACCUGGGACGUCCAGGACUGGACCCUGCCUCCCAUCACGCUCGACAUGUUCCAGGCGACGUGCCGCCGCUACGCGCCUUCUGCAGGGCUCGGAGCAGACCAGCUACACCCUAGACAGCUGCUGCCCCUGCCGCGUGCCCUCCAGCUCCGCUGCCUGGACCUCCUCGCGGCGCGCGAGGAGCGGCCGCAGGCGCUGGGGGCCUUCGCGACGAUGAUCGUGUUCAUCCCGAAGCUGGAUGGGGGCAUCCGAGGCCGCCUGCUCGUCAUUGGCAGGAACGUCGUCGACGAUGUGGCCCUUCAAGCACUGGGAACUCGUCGCCUUGUCGUGGAGCAACUUGGCGGCGCGGGAGCGGAGAUGGCGCGGCAGCUCGGGGGCUUGCACCUCCCGCUCAGCGCCAAGAAGUCCGUGUACCUUGCGUCCUGCUCUGGCCUGGCCCAGGAGCUGGGCGAGUACUGGAAGGCGCGCGGCAUGAAGUUCGAGAGAGCUCACCAAGCCCGCAACUUGGGCACGGAUGCGAGCAUCACGAUGAGAGGAGUCCGCGAAGGGCGAGGGCGGGCGCGGGACGCGCUCCAGCGUGCGCGGCGCCUGCGAUGCCUUCGAGCGGCAGGAGUCGAGGUGGACCUGAUCCACAAGGCUGGGCCUACUUCCAGUAUGGCAUGGGGGCGGACGGUUACUGGCGUGGCCGACGGAGAGUUGCACAGUUGGCGAGUCACCGCGUGCCGCAGCGCUGGGCGGCCCCCCCGCGGCGCGGCCCUCGGCCUCAGGCUGCGGCGUGCGGAGCUCCGCAGGGGCCGCGACCUGGAUCCGCUCGUGCUGAUCACGGAUCGCUCGCUCCAGAUGCUGGCAGGGCUUUUGCACUCGGGCGAGCUCUCCCUGCCGAUGCUCAGGGGCGAGCUCGAGGCUGCAGCUUCGCGGCAGGCGGCAGCAACGGCGCCCUGGGUGCACUGCAACUCCCCCGUGGAUGCAGCUGUCCUCACCCUGGGCAGGAUCGGCUGGCACUUCAGGUCCGAGCGGUGCCUCAUCACGGACGUCGGGGGCGUGCUGGACUUGACGCUGUUGGGGCCGCGCGAGCUCGGCAUUGAAGCCGGCCUUGGGGCGAGGCGCGCCUCGAAUCGACGCGAGAUGCAGAAGCUGGCCAGCGCCUCUUCUUUGCAGGGUUCUUUCUUCUGGGACGCCUUCAAGGAGCUCAUCGGGCCAGGAGGCAAGUUCAGCGAGCGCGAGAGGAACGGGCUGGUCGCCUACCUCACGAACGCGCACUGGCCGCCGGCGAGGCUCCACGGCGCCCGCGAAAGCGGCCACGCCCGCUGCAGAUGCUGCGGAGCCGCGCGGGGCACCCUCUGGCACAGAUUGUUCGAGUGCCCCAUGCUUGCGGCCCAGCGGAGGGACUCGGUCUCGCCAGCGCUGAUGAGGAGCGCUGUGCGGGUCCGCGCCCAGGGAGAGGCAGCAGGGGGGGACUUCGCUCGGCGCUGGCUGCCAGCGCCGCCGCCUCCUCAAGGGCCUCGCACGGACGCCAUGAGCGUCUGGUGGAUACGCAGGCCUCCCGACGACAAGCUCAAUGGCAAGUUGUACUUGGACGGCUCGGCGGUCGACCCGCAGUUCGGCUCCUUGAGGCGCGCGGGCUGGGACUUCGCGGUCUGGAUGAUGGUGAACUACGCGGGCCCUGCAGUCGAGGAGGUUAACAUCGACUGCCACGGCACGGUCGAGUGCUUGCGUAAGGGGCUGGCCUAUGCGACGGGCCCGACCAAGGCCAACGCCCACCUCUGGAGCAGGAGCCUCGCCGCCUUCGAGCCUGGCAGCUUCAGGGUGAACAAGGUGCCCGCCCACUGCAGCAGGCAGGCGGUGCUCGACGGGCGCCUCACGGAGGCGCAGUGGCGCGGCAACCUGCACGCCGACCGCCUCGCCAAGCUGGGAGCACGGCUGCGCGCCGUGGACGCCCAGACCGUGGGCGAGCACCGCGCCUUGGCGGGAUUCGUCCAGGAGCUGGCCCGCUGGGUGGGCCAGGCGGCGGUCCUCUGGCAGAACAUCGCGGAGAAGGACAGUGACAGCUUCCUCGAGUCCGACGAGAGGCAGCGGGUGAGGUUCGCCGACCAGGAGGAGCGGGCCGAGCUGCCCACUGCAGGCAGGCCGACGGCGCAGCAGCCGCAAGUGGAGAGCGUCCGCUCGGUGGCCAGCGCGGUUGGCCUCUCCAUCACCACGGCUGGCAUCUGCUACCUCGGCCACUCCCUGUCGUACGCGUGCUGCGACGUGGGCGAAGAGUCCCAGGAGCUGGUGGCGUGCGGCAAGUGCGGCGCCUACAUGGUCCUUGGUGGCCGCUCUGGAGGCCGCCCAAAGCUCAAGGAGCC